ACCAGUAGAAAGCCAGCCGCAGCCUCAGCACCAGCACCAGCACCAGCCUCAGCCUCAGCCUCGGCCUCAGAACCAGCCUCAGCCUCACAUCAGCAUGUGGCCAAACAGUAUCUUGGUCCUCACAGUGCUCCUCAUUUCCUCUACUCUGGUAACUGGAGGUGGAGUCAAAGGCGCUGAAAAUGGAGUUUGCCCGCCGGACAAUGUCCGCUGCAUCAGGGGAGAGGAUCCCCAGUGUCACAAUGACAACGACUGUAAGGAUCAGAAGAUUUGUUGCUACUGGCACUGUGGCUUCAAAUGUGUGCAGCCGGUGAAAGACAGCUGGGAACAAUGGAGCCCUCAGGAGUGAGGUGUGAUACCUCAUAAAAAAGGCCUCAGAGCACUGCAUCCACUAUGUAAGGACACAGCAAGAAGGUACAAAAAAACAGAACCAGGCCUUUCUAGAUACUGAAUCCCUGGGCACCUUGAUCUUGGACUUCCCAGCUUCCAGAACUCUGAGAAAUAAAUAUUGUUUAUAGGCCACUCAGUCUGUGGUAAUUUGUUACAUUGGUCCAAGUAGACUAACACAACUUAAUAGUUUAAAAGUCCUUGUUCAACAUUAUAUAUGUGUAUAUACAUACAUAUAUAUAUGUGCACAUAUAUACAUAUAUAUGCAUGUAUAUGAGUGUGUGUGCAUACACACAUAAAUGCUUCUGGAAAUAUACAUAAAUUUUUUGGGGAAAAAAACUAUAAAACUUUAUUAAAUGACAUUUUUAAAGAUCUGAAUAAACAGGAUAAGUCUGUC